UGCUUCUUACCUGAGCGAUGUUUUUAUAUGUAAAUAUAUACGAAGCCAAAGCAACUGUCUUCAACUUGUGUAUGGCGAUUUUGUCUCGAUUAUAAAUCAGGAUUUUGUGAAGAGCAGCUGCUUCAAGAAACUGUUGGUUAACAUAUAUGGGUCUCGUUUCAGUCACUAUUUAUAUUCUUCCCGUUGUCUGAAAAAAGAAACAUACAAUUACAUAGAUAAAAAACGUGUUUAUUUUAAAAGGCUGACAGCCAGCACAAUGUAAAUACGACGUAAUGACGUCAUCGAUAUAUGCCGAUCGUUAUCUUGCGAACGUGACAAACGUGAAUUAUUUUCUUCGGAUGUCUUAUCGUCUUCAUUUUGUCUAUAUAUUGUCUUCAGCAGAUCAGGUGUCCAUCCCACAAUUCACCAAUAAAUACUGGGAAUAUUCCCAUCAUCCUACAAGAGAAGGACAAACUCCAGGAGUAGCAGCUGAAAUCUGUGAGACUGUUAAAGAUGGAGUUUAUUAAAGAGGAGAUUGAAGACAUGACUGAUCCAGAACCAUCCAGAAUAAAACAUGAAGAUACUGAGGAACAAAUAGACUGGGUGGAAGUGAAGGUGGGACAUAAACUGGAUGAAGGCGAGGAAGAUGAUUGUACACAGUACAUCUGCUCUCAAUGUGGAAGGAGUUUUUCUCAAACAUCAGGUCUCAGUAAUCAUCUGUGCAUUCACCCCGUAGAAAACCCAUAUAACUGUGAUCAGUGUGGUAAAAAGUUUAAUUCAUCAUCACAGCUUAAAAAACACCUGAAAGUUCAUUCAGAUGAGAAGCCUUAUGUGUGUUCUCUCUGUGGAAAGAGUUUUUCACGACUGGAUCAUUUUAAACAGCAUCAGAAAACACAUGAUGAAGUGAAAGAUCAUGUGUGUUGUGACUGUGGGAAGAGCUUUACUAGAGAUGACUAUCUUAUACGGCACCAAAGAACUCAUACUGGAGAAAGACCUUACAAGUGCUCAUACUGUGACAAGAGUUUCACUCAGUCUGGACACCUGAAAGUGCACGAGCGACUUCACACUGGAGAGAAGCCGCACCAGUGUACUCUGUGUGGAGAGAGUUUCAAAAAUUCAACAGGUCUCAGCAAUCAUUUGUUCAUUCAUUCUGGAGAAAAACCAUUUAACUGUCUUCAGUGUGGGAAAGAUUUUCAUUCAUCAUCCAAUCUUAAAAAACACCUGAAAGUUCAUUUAGAUGAGAGGCCUUAUAUGUGUUCUGUUUGUGGAAAGAGUUUUUCAAGAAAGGAAAAUUGCAAACGGCACCAGAAAACACACAAUGAAGUGAGAGAUCAUGUGUGUUGAGAUUCACUACAGCUGAUCAUCUGAAACGGCACCAAAUAAUUCAUACUGGAGAAGAACCUCUCAAGUGUUCAUAUUGUGAGAAAAGUUUCACUCAGUCUGGAAACCUGAAAUCACAUGAAGGAGUUCAUACUGGAGAGAAGCCGUACUACUGCACUGAGUGUGAGAAGAGAGUUUUAGACAUUCACCAAACUUUCUCACAGAUAUGAAAAAAAAAAAAAACUGCGAGCCUGCCAAAUACUUCAUAAGUACAGUGUGAGAAAAUAUAGUUUUUGCUUAAUUUUGGAAAUUUGGUGAAAAGAUUGGAAAAUCUCUAUAAACUCUUAGUGUAAAUAAAAUAAUUUAAAAAGAUUUUUCUGACAGGGAGAAUUGUUUGCUAAAUGUGUCUUUCUUGAAUUCAUAUUCACUAAUUGUAUUAGAUUGUGUUCAAAUAAUUCAGGUAAUAUGAUAAAUAAAACAGAAACAUCA